AUGACCUCCAGUGAAAACCAGCUCCUGUGGCCCUUAGCACUCGCGGUCACUGGAGUCAAGCCCAUACAGUGCAUAGUGAGCUAUACUGAUUUUUGGACAUUCUCGAUUCUUGUUUUUUCUCAGCCGAUAGUUAAAGAAGAGAUUAAUUGUUGUAUGUACUCCGACAAACGACCAAAAGUCAGCACGCCCGAGAUACCCGCGUACUCCAACCUGAUUCCCGAAUCGUGUUCCGUUGACAGUCCAGAGAUUCCGGUACCUGGCUAUUUUAGACUAAGCCAAACUUAUGCGACGGCGAAAACCCAGGACUAUGACAACGAGAUGAUGAGCUCAAACACGACGUUAAUGCAGCUGAACAGGGUGACUCCAAAAGCGCAGUCAACGCCCUUUGUCGAGGUGGAAAGGAAGAUCCCGUACGAACGGGAAACCAGGAGCUCUUCCCCGGCGCAGAGUCCAGAGCCCAAAGCCAGCACACAGGAGGAGAAGAACAGCUCUACUGAGGCAUCUGUCUCCAGCCCUGAAUUGCCACACAGGGAAAGGAAAGAGCCCAAAAGCGACACACCGACUAGCAACUGGUUAACUGCGAAGAGUGGAAGGAAAAAAAGAUGUCCAUAUACAAAGCACCAGACCUUGGAAUUAGAAAAAGAAUUUUUAUUCAACAUGUACCUGACUCGGGAGCGCCGUCUAGAGAUCAGCAAAAGCGUCAACCUCACUGACAGACAAGUGAAAAUCUGGUUUCAAAACCGCAGAAUGAAACUUAAGAAGAUGAGUAGGGAAAAUCGAAUCCGUGAACUUACCUCCAAUCUCACAUUUUCGUGAGCAUGCGAACAAGUGUACUUCCUAAAAUCACCCCCUCCUUUCGGCCCAUAUAGUCUCCUGUAUAAUGAUGACAUGAGGGCAGUGGACACUGUUUGGGUUACUUUCACGUUCCAGUAUUGCUAUUUGUGGGUACAUUAUUGUCAUUUGUUGCUACAUUCUUGGUUACAUUUAAAAUGUGAAUUGCCGUGUAAUUUUAAUAUGUUCCACAGGGUAUAAAAGUGUUGUUAGGAUUUAACCUUGUUGGGUGUGUCAUUUCCAGAGGGGACAGAGCUAAACUGUCCCAGAAACUGAUGUGCCUAAAAAAAAAAAAUGCUUUGAACAUGAAAGCACAUUGACAGUGAAUAGUGUCCAUUCUUCCUACAGUAAAGUGGACAUUUAUCUGGCAUCAUUACAUAUAAAAGUUUCUGUAUAUUGAAUGUUUAAAUAUGUCUUAUCAGUGCAUGUUUGUGGCAUGUGGU